CUUCCGGGUCAUACAUGGGCGCUAAGUUUACCUUUUAAAAGAUGCCGAAAAAGCGGACAAUAAAAAACUUCUGUAAUAAUGAUCAAAAGGAGAACAAAUUUUUCAAAUCAAGAAAAAGGAAGGCAUCCAGCCCAUUGGAGGAAAUAGACAUCAAUGUUCCGCAGACCAACCAUGUUAACAACAAACAAUCAAAAUCAAAUGCCCCUUGGGAAAAUAAGAAACCAGACCAUACAGAGACGAUCCUACACACAAUGGGGCUCGACUAUCUCUCACAGGGCAGCACAGAUAGCUGUGCAAGCUCAGAGAACACAGAAAACACCCCAGCUUUGUUAGGAAAGGAUGAGAACAGCCAGAGUAGCUGCUCCAGCUUUCAUCUUCCUCCUGUGCCAGGGGCACCAAGAGUCCUUUUAGACAGUCAUCGAGACAACCUUACAUCCAGCAGUGACGACUCUGAGAACAGCCUUGAUCCAAAUGUUACCCCAUCCUUGAAAUUGUUACACUCUAACCCACAACACUUACAUCUAUGCAUCAACAGACCAGCCAAAAGACAGAAAACAGACCCGGAUGCAUUUGAUCAUUUCAGCUUGCUGUCAGAUGAAAUGGUAUUAGGUGUGUUCAGCUGGUUGCCAAAGUUUGUGCUUGCAAAAUGUGCUAGAGUGUGCAAGAAAUGGAGCAGAUUAGUGCUAGAUGAGUCAUUAUGGAAGAGACUUGACUUGUCUGCCAGAACCCUGGGUCCAGGAGUACUUGGUCUUGUCUUGAACAGAGGAGUUAUGGCAUUACGACUGGCAAAAACAGAGAUUGAGGGACCAAUAUUUACCGGCCCAUCUAGUCCUAUGAAAUCAGCAAGGUUGUGUAAAGUGCAAUACCUGGACCUGAGUAUGGCAGGAACCAGCCCUGAAGUGCUCGAGGAAAUCUUCUCCAUAUGUAAAGAGCUGCGGAAACUCAGCCUGGAAAACCUCCAGCUAAACGACAAAGUGUGCAGUCUGAUCGGAGAGAACCGUGAGCUGACCACACUCAACAUGGCCAUGUGUCAGGGCAUCUCAGUCAACAGUCUUAUACCCAUACUCUCCAAUUGCCGACAGUUGGAGUCCCUACAUGUAGGAUGGACAAAUCUUCACCAUCAUAGCGUCGUCUACAUGUGUCUGUGUGCCCCACCCUCUCUCACCCACCUCAACAUCAGCGGCUGUAGGGAAAAUAUCACUGAUGAAGAGGUUCUUCAACUGUGCAAGACGUGUCCCUAUCUUCGGGAACUUGAUCUCAGCGACUCUACGGCCCUGACCAACACCUCUGUCACAUCUAUAAUAGAAAACCUUCCCUGCUUGGAGCAUAUCUCCCUCAGCAGGUGCUACCACAUAUCUCCUGGGGUGAUACCUGAGCUUAACGAGAUGCCUUCGCUGAUGGCUGUGAAUGUUUUUGGGAUGUUACGAGAGGGUCCGCUAGAAGUGCUUAAGGUGAACAUGCCGAGGGUGGAAGUCAACACUUUCCACUUCUCUGACGUUGCACGUCCAACCACCGGCAUCAGGCGUACCAGUAUAUGGGGAAUCAGAGUGCGAGAUAACGCUGCAUAGGGCCUUUUAUUGUUGUGUUUGUUAUAUUGCACCAUAUGUGUUCAUAAAUCUAUAAUAUUCAAGUAAAAAUUAGUAGGAUACUGGUUAACAGGGCAAGUUUGUUUUAAAAGCACUGACUAUGGAUGUGAUUAUUGUUUUAAAAUACUUAUAGCACUGACCAUGGAUGUGAAUAUUUUUACAUUACCUAGUGUGUUAUAGGGACUCGCCACCAGAUGGUACAAUUGCAAGAAAAAAAAACAUUGUCAAAAACUUAAAUACUUUAAAAUGAUGUAUUAUUGGCCUCAUACAAGCUCAAAUUGACAAUUCUAGGCUUGUUUUGUGGAAAUAAUGUAUUUGCCGAUUGCCAUCUGGUGUCUAGCCCUUUAAUUGACUAAGAACACCAGACAUGUUAAUAUCACAUUACUGCACUUAGAUAGAUUUUCCAUUGUUGUUAGCCAUUUGCAUUAAUUAACUGCUCAUGGAUGUAAUCUUAUACACUAAAUGUUUAAAAAUUAAGCUGGUUAAUGUGUUUAUGUAUGUAAACCAAAUGACUGUGUUCAUUGAGUAGCAUCCUGUAUUGUGUUCAUUUACUUGCAGUACAGGGCUGCUCAUAUUUUUUGUAAACCAAAUAUGUUCAUUAACUUGCAGUACAGGGCUGCUCAUAAUCUCUGUACACCAAAUGUGUUCAUUAACUUGCAGUACAGGGCUGCUCAUAAUCUCUGUACACCAAAUGUGUUCAUUUACUUGCAGUACAGGGCUGCUCAUAAUUUAUGGCCACCAAAUGUGUUCAUUAACUUGCAGUACAGGGCUGCUCAUAAAUUAUGUACACCAAAUAUGUUCAUUAACUUGCAGUACAGGGCUGCUCAUAAUCUCUGUACACCAAAUGUGUUCAUUUACUUGCAGUACAGGGCUGCUCAUAAUCUCUGUACACCAAAUGUGUUCAUUAACUUGCAGUACAGGGCUGCUCAUAAUUUAUGUACACCAAAUAUGUUCAUUGACUUGCAAUACAGGGCUUCACAUAAUUCUGCAGUACAGGGUUGUUCAUAAUUUGAUUACACCAAAUGUGUUCAUUUAAAAUAGUGUGUAAGGUAUAGAAUCAGGGGAAAAAUGUAUUUUCAUGCAUUUGCAAAAAAAAAUCAGGAAUAGAUGUAAACUUGAUGAAAUGUUUCAAAUUGAUAAUUGCUCAACUUUAGAACGAAGUGUAACAGAUAAACAUUAAUUUCAUUGUUGUUCAUCUGAUUUAUGCUCAAAGUAGAUAGACUUAACUCUUUUUUGUUGAAUUGAGUAACUUAGACAAAAGCAUACGGUAUAUUCUAAGGCCACACCAAACUGAAGUAAUUCUUGAAGAUACUGCUCCAAUUUGUCUAAAAAAAAAACCGAAGAAAAAAACACAAGAAACAUUAAAUUUUGUAAAGCUAUUUUACAUGAAUGAACGCAAAAAAUGUUAGAAAAUUCCUCUGACAACUGCCUAAUUACUGACAUAGUUGUAUUAUAUCAAUCAACUGUGAAGCAUUUUUGCCUGAAAUUGCGCAUAGAAGGGAGAAUAAAGUUAUUAUUACUUGAGAUAAGUGUUUUUAAAUUAUAAAUGAUCAAGGAAAAAGUGGUUUUUGCUUUCGCCCAUUUCUGUUUUUAAAGGAAAUGGAAAAAUUGUAUUUUUAUUUCGCCAGCUAGUUCCAAUAUUUUAAACCAAAAUCUACAGAACAAAAAAAUUAAAUGGUGUGGUCUUAAAUUAUUUGUAGGGAAAUUUAUCAAAUCCAUUCCGAAUAUAUUACUAUCCAUGCUUCAAAAGUGCAUAUUUUAAACCAUUCAUUUUGCAGUUGUUCUGUGUAAUUUAUGUAAAUCAUCUUUUUUUAACUUGUUGAAAGAACAACAACAUUUAUACACACAUUUUGGUCAGUAUUGGCCUUAGAAUAACAUUUAAAUGAUUUCACUGUCAGUUACAUCAUAAAAGUGUCAUUCAGGGGUUCCACCAAAGUUCAGGAUUAAGACUAAAAUCAUGAUUGACAGCUUUAAACUUCACACAGUUGUACAGUAGUAAAGAUUGUUUUUUGCUUUGACUUUUGCACAAAAACAGUAGAAAGUAUCUUGAAAUGAAAUAUAAAUGUCUUCAGAAACAAUUUUAAGAGGAGGUAUAAGCCCCUUUGGUUUGGGCAUGAAUCCCUUACUCUUAAACAGUCCCCCUGCUAUUCUUCAAGAUUGACAACUAGAGCUCCUUUGUUUGUGAUAGGUAAAUUGGAAAUUAAUGUUUAAAACGCAAGUUUAUGGUCCAAUUUUGUUGACCAUUAUAGAUGAUUUUUUUUUGUUAAUUUGGCACGUAUUACAAUCCGUCUCACUGUCUAUGUCAUACUUGUAUAAAUGAAAAAUGCGAUAAAUACAUAUUGCCACCAAAAGUGUUCAAUAAUACUUAUACUGCAGCAGAAAAAUGUCACCAUGUUAUUUAAGACAUAUUUUUGUUGUAUUUGAGUAGAUUUUCUCUGGAUGUGUGUCUGAUUUUAAUUUGAAAGAAGUGUAUGGCAAAGUUUACAUAAGGCAAUGAUAUUAAUCUCCUACUGUUUGGAUGAAGUGUUAAUCAAUACCUUUAGGUUGUUUCAAUGGAAUGGUUCACAUUGACCGAAUUGCCAGUAAUUAUAUUACCUCUAGCAAUUAAAAUUUUUAUGCAAAUUCAGUGUUCAUGUUGGUAUUGAUUGUAUGUCUGGUGAAUUCAUUCCAACUUUAUUUUAUAUUCGCAUUAGUGUACCUGUUGAAUAUUUUAAAUAAAUUGGCAUAUCUGAUGAAUUUUAUGGCUGCGUUGGCGUACUUGCUGAAUUUUAUAAAUGCUUUGGCAUACCUGGUGCAUUUAUAAAUGUGUUGGCAUACCUGGUGCAUUUAUAAAUGUGUUGGCAUACCUGGUGCAUUUAUAAAUGUGUUGGCAUACCUGUUGCAUUUAUAAAUGUGUUGGCAUACCUGGUGCAUUUAUAAAGGUGUUGGCAUACCUGGUGAAUUUAUAAAUGUGUUGGCAUACCUGGUGAAUUUAUAAAUGUGUUGGCAUACCUUGUGAAUUUAUAAAUGUGUUGGCGUACCCGCUGAAUUUUAUAAAUGCAUUGGCAUAUCUUGUGAAUUGUAUAAAUGUGUUGGCAUACCUGGUGAAUUUAUAAAUGUGUUGGCAUACCUGGUGAAUUUAUAAACGUGUUGGCAUACCUGGUGAAUUUAUAAACAUGUUGGCAUACCUGGUGAAUUUAUAAACGAGUUGGCAUACCUGGUGACCUAACUUAUUUUGUGGAAUGAAGAAUAUAAUACACAGAAUGGUCUCUAUAUUUUAACAGUGUGUGAAUGUUUGUGAAAGUAUGACCAUGUCCGGUAAAUUAGUAUAUUUUUCUAUGAUAUCUGAUAGUAUAUAAUAUGCAUAUAAGUGUUAAUAACAUUGUACCAGAUUAAACUGGUUAAUCAAUGUUUAAUUGAUUUUGGCUUUUCUAUACAAGACUUUGCUAUAGAUUUUUGUGAAUGUUCAUGCUGCAUCGAGGCAAUUUAAUUGCUCAAAUUGCCUAUAUGGAUGAGUCUUGAAUGCUACAUAAUGAUUCAAAUAAAGUCUUGGAAAUAAUGUAGACAAACCAUCAUGUAUUUUAUGUUUGUAAAUUAGAAGAUCAGCAUUAUAAUAUGAGAAGACGUUUUGUAGAAAGAAUGUUACAUGACUUGUGUAUCGGUUGUAAAUAGGUGUGUUGGGUGAAUGUGUGCAUAAACGCCUGAACUUGAUUUAAUUGAUGCUCUUGUUUUAUUGUUCAUGUUUUAAUUAUGUUUUUACAUGUGCAAAAUCAAUUGAAUAAA